AUUCAUUAUGACGAAACUCAAAUUGAAGAAAUUCAUGGUCAUUACAAUGAGGAGGAUGCUAACCGCUUGCUUAUGACUCAAGUUCUUCAACCAAAUCGAGAAUGUGUGAAAGAAGCUCUUCGUGACGCCAAGCCUAACACUCUCACUCGACUUGUAUCCACCUACUUUGACAACAGCGAAAACACCAGCCAACUCUGCAUUCUUCUCCAACAGAGUGUUUAUCGUGCCCGUGCUCUUUAUGGUCCUCUUCAUAAACUUCUGGAUGUUAUUCCUACUGACUCAGAAUCCCUGUCUCAAUCACAAUGCGAUUGUGCCUUUGAUGUCUUUCUCCAAUUUGAUUGCGUUGACAACCCUUUCCCUUGCCCCGAAUCGCAUAACUUCAAUGAUAUGCAGCAAUGCUUUUCGCAACUGAAGCAGCAACUAGAACAGCGAAUCCGCAAGUCACGCUCUAGAAUCCACCUAGUUCGCCGAGCCACUUUUGGUUCUGCCCUUUGCGUCAUUGGCUCUGUUGUUGCUGUUGUAGUAUCUGCUGUGGGAAUCGCAAGUCAUGCACUUGUUGCCAUUGCUGCCACCCCGAUAUGCACACUGCCGUGUCUCCCUCGCAGCUUGACUAAGGAAGAGCUUGCCCGUGUCGAGCAACUUGAUUCUGCUUCUAGGGGUACAUAUGUGCUGAACAAUCAACUUGCGACCCUUGAACGGCGUGUUGCUCGUUUGUAUGAUGCAGUCGAGUGUGAUAAGCAUCUUAUUCGGAUUGGAUUGGAGAGCGGUAAGGACUUGCAUCCCAUUUCAGAGGUUUUGAAACAGCUUAAAAAAAACCAUCUCAAAUUCAUUGAACAGCUCAAGGAUCUCGAGGAGCAUAUAUGCCUUUGUUUUAAUGCUGUCAAUAGGGCCAGAGCUCUGCUUCUUCACGAGAUCCAUCGCCAUCAAAUUUCUAAUUCCUAACAACUGAUGACCUGCUUUGAGUCGCAUUUACUUCCCAUAGACUAACUUCAUUGCUCUGUAUUAACAUCUUUCCAACUCUGACUAUGAAACAUUGCCCCUUACCCGCUCUUAACAAUGAGCAUCAGGGCAAUCAUGGCAGUUUGUAUACCGAAAAUGCAAUCAGUUCUCAGACCCUUUUUCAUUGGAGGUAUCUUCGCAUGAUCUGUUUUGAGCCACUACACCUGGCUUGUUCUUUCAUUUCAUCUUUCCUGCCACAUCAUAUAUCUUUGAUUAAUAAAAGCUGAUUUGUUAACUUUUUAGAGGUGUAUGAUAUUCACUUCCCAGUUAAAUAUGAUUUUCUCUUCAGGUCAGAUGCAUAUCUGUGAUAUUUUCUAGAAUAUUUUUGGAUAGUUUUAGGAUAGACAUCUCCCUUGUCGCUUCAAUUCGUUGAUGAAAGCUACCAGUGCCCAGUACAUAAGAGGUCAAUGUGGAAUGUACAGCACUUUCAUAAUGUAUGUGUUUACUGUAUACAAAAUGGAUGUUAUCCCCAAUAUCUUCAAUUCAAUUUGAAGUACUAGAAGAUGAUUUUAUCUGGGCAA